AUGGACGACAAGCAAACGAAACCCACGGUCGGCGUUGUCAUUCCAGCUGCUGGCCGAGGCACACGAGCUGGUCAAGGUUGUCAAAAAGCAUAUCGCCGGAUCGAAGGCGACACAGUGAUCAAUCGUACUCUAAAACUGUUUCGGUCAUGGAAUGCGACUUGUCCCAUUGUGAUUGUAUACCAUGCCGAUGAUGGGAAUGUGCUCGAAGCAUCGAUAGACCGAGAUAGCAACAUCUAUACUACAACAGGAGGCGCCGAGAGGGGAGCGUCGGUACUCGAGGGUCUCCGUUUUCUAUCUACAGUCAAAGACUACCCUUCGCAUGUUUUCAUUCAUGACGCUGCAAGGCCAUUCGCCACACAUAAACUGCUCAACACGGUUCUGAAUGCAAUAACGAAUGAUCCCUCAGUCGGUGUCAUUCCCGGCGUUGCUGUUGCAGAUACUCUCAAAAAGACAACCCCCGAUGGUUUCAUCACAGAAACCGUACCUCGCGAUAACAUCUUUCGAGUGCAAACACCCCAAGCAUUCGAACUAGAUACUAUUUUGGCCGCUCAUGAAAAAGCCGCCCUUUCAGGCCUGAGCUAUACUGAUGAUGCCUCUUUAUUCCAGCAGCUCGGCAUUCCUACUCGAGUCGUCCCAGGCGAAGCCAAAAACAUAAAAUUGACCUAUGCCGAGGAUUUCGAGGAUGCUAAACAGUUAGUUCGGUCGAACAAUCAAUCUACGAUUUCAAAUCCUAUGACAGUUCCCGAUGUUCGAGUCGGUCAUGGCUACGAUACCCACCGCUUAGUACCGGGAGACACAAUAACACUUUGCGGUGUGAAAAUACCCCACAAAACAACAUUGCUUGGGCACUCUGAUGCCGAUGUGGGCUUGCAUGCCCUUACCAAUGCAUUCCUGGGUACCAUCGCCUCCAAUGACAUCGGUAGCCACUUUUCAGACAAGGAUCCCAAAUGGAGAGGCGCGUCAUCGGACAAAUUUCUACGCCAUGCUGCUCAGCUUGUAGCUGAGGCCGGAGGCAUUAUUACCCAUUGUGACUUGAGCUUUGUGUGCGAAGCUCCGCGAAUUAGCGUUCAUCGGGAUGCGAUGCGGGUUUCUGUUGCUAGGAUUGUGGGGUUGGACCAGAGUCGCGUAUCUGUGAAAGCGGGCACAAAUGAGAAAAUGGGAUCCGUGGGACGCGAAGAGGGUAUUGUGGCGUUCGCGACAGCUACUGCUGUUUUUCCGAACCAAAUCCCACUAUCGUAA